AUGCCGACCGCAACCGCCAAGAUCAAUGGACAAGUCAUCGCCUCGACAUCCACGUAUGAAACCGUCGAAGGAAACGUCUACUUCCCACCUGAUUCGGUGAAGAAGGACGAUUUUUCCGAUUCCAAGACACAUACACACUGCCCGUGGAAAGGUGAUGCCAGCUACUAUAACAUCACCGUGGGCGGAAAUGAAGUCAAGGACGUCGCGUGGUAUUACCCUAAACCCUUCGAGAAGGCAUCGCAUAUCAAGGACUAUGUUGCUUUUUAUAAAACCAAGGUCGAUGUUUCCGUCGCUUGA